CAACCAUGGAGGAAGACGAUUUUGAACGUUCCGCGUUAACGAAGGAGAAGAAGCCCACGGGGUGGACCAACCAACACGUGCUCGCCCUAACCCUCGUCGUCGUCGCCUGCGUGGCCACGAUCUGUACCACCCUCACGUUCUUCCUCCAUCCCGACUACGCGGGCAUUGACGGCGUUAACCCGUUCGAGCCCGCCCCCACGGAGGCUAGCGUGGAGGAACGUAUCAACUGCAUCCCCGAUAAGGACGUGGAGAAUGCCGAGGAGCUCUGCUCCGACCGCGGGUGCGUGUGGCGACCGACGAUCGUGGACGGCGCGCCUUGGUGCUUCUUUCCGACGGGGCAUGGCACGUACCGGCUAGUAAAGGAGGAGGAGCACACGUGGGGGACGAGGUUGACCCUGGAGAGGGAAACGUAUAUCGCUUCUUUCUUCAACCAGGACAUCCAAACUCUCUCACUCGAUAUCGAAUUCCAGUCGCAGACUAGACUUCAUUUCAAGUUUUAUGACGCCUCAGAGUCUCGCUUCGAAGUUCCCAUACCGCUGCUGCCCCGCCCAGCCGAAGCAGCUAGAGUCACAGACUACACCAUCACGUACACUACCCGCCCUUUCACUCUGGAAAUCACCCGAAAAUCAACGGGAGAAGUAUUGUGGGAUACGUCUAUUGGAGCGCUAAUUUUCGAAGACCAAUUUUUGUCGAUCUCAACUCGUUUGCCUUCUUCCAAUCUGUAUGGUUUCGGGGAGAGUGAGCAUCGAAGCUUUAGACAUGACAUGAAUUGGCGGACUUGGGGUCUUUUUGCCAGGGACCAACCGCCUGGGGACGCUAUCAACCUGUACAGCGUCCAUCCUUUCUACAUGAACGUGGAGUACGACGGUAACACACACGGUGUCCUGCUGUUUAACCUUAAUGCACAAGAUUUCACAGUGCAGCCAACCCCUGCCUUAACUUAUCGCACAGUCGGUGGAGUUCUGGACUUUUAUAUGUUUCUUGGACCAACACCUGACCAGGUUAUUCAACAGUACACCGAGUUGAUUGGUCGCCCUAUGCUGCCCGCCUACUGGGCUCUUGGUUAUCAUCUCAGCAGAUACGGCUACGAUAACCUCACCAAUCUACAAGAUGUGGUGGCAGGUAUGAGAGAAUACGACAUACCUCACGAUGCGCAGUACAGCGACAUUGACUACAUGGACCACAACCUUGACUUCACUCUUGACGAAGAGAACUUUGGUGGUUUAGGAGAGUUUGUGGAAUCCCUCAAACCAGACGGCACUCGAUACAUUAUCAUGCUGGCGAGUUGA